AUGGCGAGGCGCUGCUGCGGGAGGCCGCGCGUGCUGGCGGCCGCGGGCCUGUGCGCCGCGCUCCUGCUCCUGUGCGCCGGGCCCCGCGCCGGGCGUUGGGCGCCUGCAGACAGGGCCUUGGGCUCCCGCUGGCCCCACGCUGGGAAGAGCCCGCGGCAGCUGCUUUAUGACCUGGACCAGGCCCCGCGCUCCGCCCUGGCCGAGGUGCACCGGCAGCGGCGCGCCCUGCUGCGCCAGGCGUGCGCGCGCCCCCCGCGCCGGCCGCGGCCGCUGCGCCCGGAGGACCUGCGGCACGUGCUGGUGGACGACGCGCACGGCCUGCUGUACUGCUACGUGCCCAAGGUGGCCUGCACCAACUGGAAGCGCGUGCUGCUGGCGCUGCGGGCCCGCGCCCGCGGCGACGCCCCCGGCGACCCCCGCGCCAUCCCCGCGCGCGAGGCGCACGCGCCGGGCCGCCUGCCCUCGCUGGCCGACUUCGGCCCCGCGGAGAUCGCCCGGCGCCUGCGCGACUACCUGGCCUUCCUGUUCGUGCGCGAGCCCUUCGAGCGCCUGGCCUCCGCCUACCGCAACAAGUUCGCGCGCCCGCACAGCGAGGCCUUCCGGCGGCGCUACGGCACGCGCAUCGUGCGGCGCCUGCGGCCGCGCGCGCGCCCCGACGCGCUGGCCCGCGGCCACGACGUGCGCUUCGCCGAGUUCCUGGCCUACCUGCUGGACCCGCGCACGCGCCGCGAGGAGCCCUUCAACGAGCACUGGGAGCGCGCGCACGCGCUCUGCCACCCGUGCCGCCUGCGCUACGACCUGGUGGGCAAGUUCGAGACCCUGGCCCAGGACGCCGACUUCCUGCUGGGGCUGCUGGGCGCGCCGGGCCUGCGCUUCCCCGCCGCCCCGCGGCCCCGCGCGCCCCCCGCGCGCGAGCAGGCCGCGCGCCUCUUCCGGGACAUCAGCCCCUUGUUCCAGCGGCGCCUCCUGGACCUCUACAAGAUGGACUUCCUGCUCUUCAACUACUCCGCGCCCCCGUACCUGCGGAUCCGCUAGCGGGCCCGGGGGGGCCU